ACGCGCAGGCCUACAAACGUUGUGGGACCCGUGUGUGGAGUGGACUUUAUUUUUAUUUCGAAGGCUCGUGUGUGCAAUGUUGCGUUAUUGUGUUGUAUUUGCGGUGGUUGGCUGUGCGCUAGGAACCCCUGUCGCGCAGUACCAAGUACAGCAGGAAGAAGGUAUACCACCACACCUGCUGAGGCAGUACAUUGGCCAGGGACAGCAGCAACAUGCUCCACGACCGCAACAGGCUGCACCAGCUAGACUACCCUACAGCGCGCAAAGUCAAGACCAGUACCAAGCGCAACCUCAGUACCAGCCUCAGCCCCAAGCUCAACCACAGCCUCAAUACAGACCCCAACCUGAGCAGCAGAAAGACCCAGAAGAUUAUGACCCUAGCCCCUCCUACCAAUUCGGUUUCGACGUGAAUGACGACCAAUACACAAACUACCAGAACAGAAAAGAACAGAGGGACGGUGAUGUCAUCAAGGGAUCCUACUCUGUGGUAGACAGUGAUGGCUUCAUCAGAACUGUCACUUACACCGCUGACCCGAAAGAGGGCUUCAAAGCCGAGGUGUCUCGUAAACCCACCGACAUCGUAAUCAAGUUCCCCACACCCAAGCCUCAGACGCAAGAAGUUCAGCCACCCCAAAAACAACAGCAAUACGUUCCGCAACAACAACAGCAAUACGUGCCGCAACAGCAACAGCAAUACGUGCCACAACAGCAACAGCAGGCACACCAGCAACAACGACCACAGCCUCAACAGCAACAGUAUUACCGUUAUGAAUAAAUGAGCAAUUUCGGUGUACACUACUAAUUAUAUUCUCAAAAUUAUCACAAGGCUUUACGGUUGAUGUAAAUAACUUAGCCUUAACUAUAAAAGUUAUCAAUUGACUUCUAAUUCCGUUUCCUCUCAUGUUUCUAUAUUUUUUUCUAAUUUUAUGAUAUUAUUUCGAUUGACCGUAAAGAUCUCGUGUUAUUCACUAAAAUCACAUUUUUUUUUUUAAUCUCAAUUCUUAAUUUAAAUCGAAUUACAAUUUAUUAUCAAACUGUUUAUAAAUAACGAUAUCUUCUUAUCAAUUAAGUGUACAUCAAAAUUACUGUUAUCAGCUGGAAAAUUCCUUUUAUCUCUUAUAAUUUCUUAUCUCUUUUAUUGUGAGUGGUUUCUAUUCAAUACCAUCAUUACUCUUAAGUCAUAUACUUUCUUCAGUCAUAUUAAUCAUUAUUAGGGAUUCAUUUGCUAAGUGCCAAAUUAAUGCAUAUAUAGUUUUCAUCAUAUUCCAUUCCUAACUGUAUACUUUCCUUCCAAUUUACUUCCACGAUAAAUAUUCUAUCUGCAGUUUCGUAAUGCCCUAAUCAAUAUGAAUCAAAAGUCAACCCCCUUUAUUCAUUUCCAAAGCAUAUAGCUCCGAUUUCACUAAAUACUUGUAACCUUUUCAAUCAAAUUUCUAUAUAGAUUUUUCAAUUCGUCUUAGAUACGAUUGGAAAAUGUAGAUUUCCCAUACAAUGUGCAUAUUUGAACUACCGUUUACUUCGCUUAGGCUUUUCAUAUUUCCAUAUAAAAUUGUUUUAAUUUAGAAUUGUAUAAAAGGUGAGCUUUGCAUGAAGAUAAGUUCUUUGACACAAGCUAUUUUAAGUAGAAAUACCGUCUUAUAUUCUUAGAUUUUAGCUUUUAGUCUGCGAACUAUUAGAUUAAGAAUUAGUCCAAAAUGGUUAAGUAAUUAACAAAUUUAUUUAAAAUAUUUUAAUGCUUAUGUACCGCAAUUUAAAGUUGAAUUAUGUUUUCAGUGUGUGAUAUAAAAUCUUGUUAAUAAAAUGUUUUAUAAGUA